CUUUGUUGGAUUCGUGAUCCAUGUCUAAUUUCAUCGCUGAGGAGUUCGCACGGAAACUGCUGACGAGUCGCAAAAGGGUCAACGUCGCUGUAUCGGGCAUCGGCAAUGCAGUACAGCAGAUCAAGAGUUCCAUCGUCGCUACCGUUCAGUCCAAGACACAACCCUUCUCAACGGAGAUGACUUUCUUGGUUCUGGACACGCCAUCCGCAAACAUCCCUACAUCAUUAACGGACGUCUCUUCAUGGAAAAUGCCGGACGUGGCAUUGGCGGACAGCACCUUUAACAGUCCGGGGCAAAUCGACAUCGUCAUCGGAGGCGAUACGUUCUGGGAGCUCCACACCGGUCGCAAGCGCUCUAUCGGUAGAGGCAAACCGUGGCUGGUCGAAACCCAUUUUGGUUGGGUUGUCACCGGCAACACUCAUCAUUCGUCCAUCGGUCCGCGGCUGUGCCAUCUAUCUGCAUACGACACUCCACUGGAGGAGACCAUGCAGCGGUUCUGGGAGAGUGAAACCAUAGCCGAGGAUCCUGUGCUAUCGGUUGAGGAGAAUACUUGCGAGAAGCAUUUCGUAGCAACAACUGUUCGCAACUCAAGUGGAAGGUAUGUCGUUAGUUUGCCAUUUAACUCCAACCCUAAUAUCGUUUUAGGAGAGUCGAAGGAAAUAGCCGAUCGCAGACUGCGUUGUAUCGAACGGCGGUUGAACACCAAUGCUAAAAUGAAAGAAGAGUAUGUGAAAUUUAUGAAAGAAUAUGAGCAUUUGGGGCAAAUGAAGCGACUUACCAGUGCUGCAAACGAUUCGGUAGAGCAUUACUACCUCCCACAUCACGCUGUCAUUAAGGAAUCAAGCACAACCACGAAGUGGGACCAGUCGUUCAAGAAGAUCUUUUAUCGAUUAUCCUUCGGUUUCGUUCUCGUGCCAUUGCUCUCACUGCAGACGUAG